CAGGUGAUGAAUGAAGACGGGCAAACGAGCACCAUCAGAGACAAGAUCCUAACGAUUGACGUGCAGCCGGGGUGGAAGCAGGGCACCAGGAUCACCUUUGAGAAGGAAGGAGACCAGGGCCCAAAUAUCAUUCCAACUGACAUCACCUUUGUUGUCCAAGAGAAAAUCCACCCAAGGUUUAAAAGAGCCGGCGACAACCUCAUUUACGUCGCCACCAUCCCCCUGGGAAAGGCCCUGAUCGGCUGCACGGUGGAGGUGAGGACGCUGGACGGGAGGCUGCUGAACAUCCCCAUCAACGACAUCGUGGACCCCAAGUACUGCAAAGUGGUGCCGGGAGAGGGGAUGCCGCUGCUGCGGGACCCCCGGCGCAAGGGUGACCUCCUCAUCUAUUUCAACAUCUGCUUUCCCAAGAAGCUCACGCCGGACAGGAAAACGCUCUUGAGAAGCGCCCUCCUGUCCUAG